CAUAUUGGUAACGUGUUAUUUCCAAUUCAUAUAGUACAAAUUAAAGUUUAUUGUCAAAUAUAAUAAUCAGAUUCGCGUACAAGUAACCGGGGCUGCACACCCCCUUUAACUGUCCACAGAUACAGUCCACUUUGGAUCACUUGCUGACUUGUAUCGUUCUUCCAACAUACGUGAAGUUUGUAGCUGUUCUUCUGCCUUCGAUAUACCAACCGGACCCACGAAUCACUGUGUUCAGAACGAUCUCCGUGCAACCUGUUUCCCGAGUAAACAUACAGUUUCUAUUCCAUCGUCGGUUCUUUCAAUGUUAUCUCAUUAUGCUGGCUACAGUUCAUUAUACAUUUAGAAUUAACGAAAGCAAUUAGCAAGGUACAAAAUUCAAUGGGACUUGGUACAGUUGUAAAUUGUAUUUAAGUAAAACCGUUGAUACAAGACGAAUCACAUCUCCCAGUCAUUCUCCCGCCUCGUUAACGCCCGAUGCAAUUAAACACCUGAGUUGACAAACUGAUAAGAAAACUGUGGACUUAGUGCAUUCCUUGCAUACUUUCUUCAUGAGAUUCGGUAUCCAAGAUGUUCACCGAGUCACCAAAUGACGGCGCUAUCAUCGGGUUCCCCAAGUUCGUCCUCGCACAACAGGUUCUUUUUUUGUAGACUGGACCAAAAGUGUUCUGCUGGGAUGCUGCACAAACUUUCUUCGUGAGAGCCACAAGUGUCCAAGAUGUUCACCGAGUCACCAAACGACGGCGCUGUCAUCGGAUUCCCCAAGUUCGUCCCUCGCACAACAGGUUCUUUUUUUGUAGACUGGACCGAAAGUGGUUCUGCUGGGAUGCUGCACAAACGCGGCGCCUGUGUUGCCAGUAAUUGACAGCUGCCGAAAAGCGGCGACUCGGUGGACGUGUGCGCGGAUAUUUUGUUCUGGCCAGUGGACGGUCCGGUGGCGAGGUUCGCGCGCAAGUAUCUUUCAAAAGGGAAACGCGGCGAGCGAGCCGUUCCUCGUAUUUGGUGCCGCGCGACGUGGUAUAUCUCCGCGGUCCCGAUGCAUUAUGUAUUUACGGCGACAUCGUCGUACGCGGGGCAUCGUUUAAAAAGACCCUGUGUGUUUACAGUUCCGUGGGACGUUGUGGUGCGCUUUUCGACGCGGUCAUGUAAUACUUUCGUUCCCCGGGGCCCAGCGUUCUCAUCCUGAACCGGACGAAUAAGUGUGCAACAGGAUGCGUGCCCGCCGCUGAAUCAGGGAGUGAAGUUUUCUGUUAAAAAUUACUCCUGUCCAGUGUUCCUCGGGGGACCGUCGCGCCGAGGAUCCACAUAUGUUUGCCCCUACCAACACGUUGAAGGAACUUCGGUUCUUCGAUCGCGAUCGGCAAGGGGGGACGCAAUGAACGUCGAGCGGCCGACGAUGGACGGUUGCGGUCAGCAGCCGCUCUUCUUGACCGGGACUUCCGGUUCUGCCGGGAUCGCCGGUCCCCAGCAGCAGACGGUCCAAAGUGCCGCGCCACCGGAACACUACGGUGGACCGUUGAGCCUGAGCAUCUGCAUAUCCGAUUCCGGCCACGAGAUACUGCGACCAAAGCCACGCCGGCCAGGGGGUAGCAAUGGACGCGACCUGUAUUGUCCCCCGUACACGAAGGAUUUCGCGGAGAGCUCGCCGAAAAAUGGCGUCCACAAUACGGUCCACAUGGUGGCGGAAAGGGACACGGACAGCGUGGCUCCGACUCCGACCCCUCAGCAUCCCCAUCAUUCUCAGCAUCAUCACCUUAGCUUACACGAGAUCCGAGCGCUUCAGAGGCGACCAGAAUGCACCGGUAACAGCUCGUCGGAUGAAAAUCGGUCGUCGGGUCACGCAAGCAUGUCGGACACGGGUGGUCACACGAGCAGCAGCUCGCCUCCGCAUCGUCACCACAGGUCGCACAGUCCUCAGCAACUGAACUCUGUACCCGAGGACGAUCGCCUGUCGGCCUCGGUCACCCAGAGAAAUGGCAGAAGCAGAUCCGGACAGAAUCGCAACAGACACAGGGCCACGCCUGCCAAGUUGCAGGUGCCGUGGUCGGGAUCAGGUUUAGAGGACAUCAAGCUGGCGAUCCAGCAGCUCACGAUGCGCUCCCACAAGUCCUCGUCGACUUACUCCUCCUUGAGCGGCUCCGAGAGCUCGGAGCCUGCCGUAAGGAGGCUGAUGCGACAUUCCAGCCUGGAGACCAUCAACACCAACGUGACCAGCGCCGACGAGUUCGUCUGGGUGGACUCUCAUAACAGGCUGGUAGAACUGCAGCAGCUACCCUGGACCCACCACGACGUUCUGAGAGUGUUGCAGAACGGUCGCACCAGGGAACACAUGGACCAAGUGUCCAUGGAAACUAUACCGCGGUUGUCUUACCUGUUGCAACGCGCUUUAGUUAGAAUUGGCCGCGAGACUCAACGACUCGCCAAGCCUGUUGGCCUUUGCAGCAAGCAUGAAGUGUACAGCGCGUUCAAGAUCGUGCUUUGCCCUGCCUUGGCUGAUUCUUGCACCAAGGCUUGUUUACGAGCUGCCACGAUGUUCGCUGUCUCCGGUGACCAAUUGAAGCAAUCAAAAGCGUCUCGGUCAGGGCUGCAAUUGCCGGUAGGACGGUUUCUCCGGUGGAUGUCCGACGUACGGCUAGGAAGAAUGAUACACGAGUACGCGGCCAUAUAUCUGACCGCUGGAAUCGAAAAUCUCCUGGAGGAAAUACUGUUACAGUGCAUACCCACUGAUCCGCAUACAACCUUAACGGCUACCAUGCUGGAGCACGCCAUAGCGAAUAGUGGCGAUUUAUGGGGUCUCCUUCAACCAUAUGCGCAUUUGAAUGCUGGCCGAACAGCAUCAGGUGCCCUGGCGAUGCCUCGUUGGGCCAGCGUAAGUUCGUUGAACUCGUCGUCGUCGUCCCGGAGUGGAAGAGACGCAGCAGGCUCUGCGUUGGAACCGUCGCUGCUGACCACCUGCGUAGGAUCAAUGUCGGAGUUAAUAGAUCUGAUCUCGAAAGUAGCGCAGGCGGGACGGUCGCUGGUCCCCCUAACCGGCAAGGCGCUGAACGCCUUAUUUUAUUAUAUGAGGUGUUCGCAGCUGGAGCACGGGGAACGGGGUUCCGGGAUACAAGAGCUCGCGUACGAGCGAGCGUACGUUGUUCUUCCUCCUCUGGUUGAAUGGCUCCGUGUCGCGACUGCUCAUGCAGAACACAGGCACGGACUCGUUGUAGAUCAGGACGAUAUUAAUCAAGCUGCCAGAUUGUUACUGCCUGGCGUGGACUGUCCCGUUAGGCCUAUAUGCUUCGAGGAGGUAGCUGUCUGUUCGAAGCGGAUCGACGAUUCUGAAUACGUGCGUUUGCUCACUAUGGACAUGGCAUUCAAACUGUUGAUCAGUGGACGGGCUGACCUGAUCGCUCAAGCUAUGCCCCUGUUGCCCUCGACGAAGAUCAACACUGUGAAUGACAAUGGCUUCACAGCACUGAUGAUAGCGUGUAUCAAUGGAGAUGAGACUGCAGUGAUAGGUUUACUAGAUGCUGGAGCGGAUCUGAACGUUGAGAGUCCUCCUCCGUCGACUGGUCAGGCCAACACGCCUUCCAAAGUGCCAGCGCCCGGUGCGUCCAACGCCAGAAGCCCGGCGUCCUCAGCAAUGGUGUCUCCAGGGAAAAAUAUACAAACGCCGAGUUCUUUGUCUGGCUCACCAGGCUCGUCUAGCAAUGCAUCGAGUAACCUGUACUGCAAUCAAACUGGGUUCAACGCUGAGACUCAGCAUUGGACUGCCUUAACCUAUACUGCUCUGUUAGGGCAUUGCAAUAUUGCGAGAGUAUUAUUGGAAAGGGGCGCUGCGGUUGAAGGUGGUGCCAAGGUCAGCGAAGACAAGUGUACAGUUACACCAUUGCAAGCUGCCACUGCUUCUGGUAAUAAUGAAAUGGUCGCGUUGCUGUUGGCACAUGGUGCGCAACCGUUUUUGUCAACGUUGAUCAAAGACUCGUUCUCGUACUCUGGUUCUGCUCAACGUGGCUGUUACAGUGCAAUAUCUGUAGCAACAGCGCAUGGCCAACGGAGUUGCCUUCAUCAACUGUUAUCUCACCCACUGAAUUUCUCCACAAAGCGUGGGGAAAAGGAGGUAUUGUCGUUGGAGGAGAUACUUGCAGAAGGAAGUGCAUGUACUAACCCACAGCAACAGACUGUGGAUGGUAGAGGGAACCGUAGAGAGGGCAAAGAACCUGUUUUCAACAAAGUACAGACUAAAGCUUUGCAAGAAGCUAUGUACCAUAGCGCAGAAAGUAAUCAUUUAGAUAUCACCAUGGAACUUCGUGGACUGAAAGUAGGUUGGACAUUACACUGUUGGAUGCACAGUCUUGCGACUGCACAUGAAAUGCGAUUAGACUCAGUGAUAGAUCAGUUGCUUCAAGAUUUCCUUCAAGUGUGUCCUGACGACUAUUCGACACAAUUUGUUCAGGAAUGCCUUCCCCUCUUAUUUAAUAUCUUUAGGUACAGCAAGAAGGAAGGGACGACGCUUCUCCUUGCCGAUAUCUUUUGUACAUGUUUCGGAUGGGAACCAAUAAAACCCAUUAGAGACACUACACUUUCCAGCGGGUCGAGAAUCGAUCCUAAAUUUGUAAAUAAUCCAGAGCUGAGCGAUGUACAGUUCCGAGUAGAAGGCAGAGUCUUUUACGGCCAUAAAAUUGUAUUGGUAACGUCGUCUCCGAGAUUUAGGAACAUGUUGAGCUCGAAAUUGUGUGAAGGAAAUCCACCGAUUGUACAAAUUAAUGAUAUACGGUACCAUAUCUUCCAGAUGGUCAUGGAAUUUUUAUAUCAUGGCGGAUGCGCCACAUUAGAAGUAAAUCAGAGUGAUGUGUUAGAAUUGAUGGCCGCAGCGAACUUCUUCCAACUAGAUGGUCUGCUUAGGUAUUGCGAAGCCCAAUGUUCUUCAAUGGUUGAUAUUGACAACAUUGUCUCCAUGUACAUUCACGCUAAGGUUUACAAUGCAACGCAGCUACUAGAAUACUGUCAAGGAUUCCUGUUGCAAAACAUGGUUGCAUUGUUGACUUACGACGACUCGGUGAAGCGUCUCCUCUUCGCUAAAAAGUUGCCGAAUCACGACGUUCUUGCAGGGCUACUUCUCACUUUACAAGCGCGAAUAAAGGCCAGGCGAUCUCAGCAACAGAAUAAGAUAAAGACAUAGAGGUAUAACAGAUUUCAUUUACCUUAGAGUAAUCAUUAAUAUAUUUAAACGUAUUUAAUGAUGUCAUUAACGCGAGGUAGAAUGAUAUGUAGCUCAAUUAAGACUGAAUAUUCGAUGAUUUAUUUGGAAAAUCGUAUAAUUAUUGUUCACGGUACAUAAUGGGACAUAAAAAAAUUGUGCUCUCGUAAAGGAUAACGUAUGUAUUUGUUUUUUCCUUGUUGUAUAGUAUCUUUUAAUAUGUAUCUUUUUUUCUUUUUUAUAAACCGUAGGGUAUAGUACAUAAAUGUAUAUUGAUACUCAAACUGUACAAGUUUGCGUAUAGCCUAUAAUGUUCUUGUACAUGAAGUAUAAUCGCAAAAAAAUUGGAUACUUCUAAGGAAUUCUUAAAUGAUUUAUGUAAAUACGCAAAACUGAUACGAAUUAUCAUGAAGUAUGCAACGUAAUAUGUGCUAUAUAAGUUUCUUUCAACAGAAAACUAUUAAUAUAUAUAUAUAUAUAUAUAAAAGAUAUAUAUAUAUAUAUAUAUAUAUAUAUAU